AAGAUCAUCAUUGAAAGUAGUCGUGCCACUACAAUUUCUCAACUGUGUGAGAGAGCAAAUUAGGAGUAAUAAAAUAAAUUAACCAAAAAGAGUAUGGCUGAAAACAGGCAAGUGAUGGACGUAAAUCCACAACAAAUCAUCCCAAGGUCGUGGAUUUGGACAACAAUUGCUGGAAUUACAAUUGAAGGACCAAUUUUGGGACUUAUGGGUUUCAGUUUCUUGAGUUCUUUGAUACUUCUGGUGAUAACUUCUCCGUUACUCAUAAUAUUUAGUCCUCUGUUAAUUGGUGCUGCAUGUGUAUUUUUAGUAGCCAUGGCAGGGUUUGGGGUGGCUGGAAUUACGGCUGUUUUUGGAUUGUCUUCGUUUGUUGUGGUGUAUCGUUCACUAAUUAAAGAUAGAAAAAUUGGCCAAAUAUAUAGCGAUGAUAAAAUGAUACAACCGGCGGAGACGGACGAGGAGGAGGAGGAGCAGCAGGACGACACCGAAGUGCCAGUAAUUUUCCACACAGGUACCACGGAUAGAAUUGAGCCAGAUGAGGCUGUAAAGGAGAAGCAACAAGGUGUUAUUACUGAGCCAGUUGCAGUGGAUAGAAUGGUUGAGCUCUUUGAAUCUUUAAAAGAUGACACCCCUGCUGUCACAAUAAUUAAUGUGGUUGAUGAGUCGGAGGAUAUGCCUAGCUCUGGUGGCUAUUUGCAGCAAAAUGUUCACCGACAGAUCCCAGUACAAGAGGUUUAACAAAUAUACAUGUUUAGAAGUGGCUAUAGUUUAAACACGUGUACCAUAUUUUGCUUUUACUAAGUUUCAGCUCAUGAUAGGAUUUUUUUUUUUUUUUUGGUCUUUAUUUCUAAGUUCUACUACCA